AUGGAGACGACAACGGCUUACGAUCUCCUCAUUAUCACGGACGCUACGGGGUCGAUGACUUCCUUCCUACGUUCGCUGAAUGACUCGAUACCCGAGAUCAUUCGCCUGGCUGCCCUGACUGGCUGCUUUGGGCGCAUCGGUCUGCUGGCUUAUCGCGACUACGAGCAAGUCUUGGUGGACAGACCUGUCAUCGUCUGGUCAGGCUGGUACAGCCAGCGAAGCGACCUGUGUGAGAUUGAUCAUGACUCCUUGCUCUCCACAGCCAUGUCCCUCCAACCCAUUAGUAACAGCCAGUGCGACUUCCCAGAGGCUUCCAAGACGGCCCUGGCAAAAGCAUACAGCGUCAUGCGACCCGACGCCACAACCGUCAUCAUUCUGUACGCUGAUGCUCCGCCGCACAUGAAGAACAGGACGGUGGGAUGGCAAUACAGUAACUGGUACGAAGCCGAGCAGCAAGAGCUUCAGAGGCCCGAUUCACCAUAUGGCCCCAGCGCUGCGUGCUUCGCCGAUUGGAUCCACGCCGGGCAUAUGCUGGCCGACGCCAAAAAGAAGGCCAUUGUCUUCAGCAUAAUCGAUGGCCCUGGUGAAGCACUCCCCUACUAUGCCUACCUGUCAGCUCGAACCGGCGGCACCUGCUUGAAGCUGUCGCGCAAUGAUUCCACGUCCAUCUCGGCAUUAUCUGUCGGCUUGAUAAUGGCAUGGAUGGGCGCCACCAAGCAAUGCGCGACGCUAAGUACUGAGCGGUUGGCGAAUCACAUCGUCUUCGAAGGUGGCAAGGAAAACUUUGAAUUGGGGGAGCUCGGGCCGGAGGAUGACCCGCGAGCGCAGAGCAUCUUGAAAGACAUUCCUCGCUCUGAGAUCACCUUUAAUCCUCGUGGUCGUGGUUGCGGUCGCGACGGAAUGUGUCCCUCAUCAACCCGGUCGCGGAGGAUGUGGUCUUCUACGGUCGUGACGCUUGAGGCACUGAAUGGCAUUGUGCCACGCCGCAAACCUCCUAUUGUGGACUUUUCCAAGCGCUACCGCGAGGAUGAGGAGUACCGCAAACUGGUUGUCGCUGAGUUAAGCGGUAUCAUCGACUCGAAUGUAUUGACUAUGGCUCUCAACCCGGUGUUUAGCUCUCUCUGGCGCGCCGUAUGCAGCGACCGAAAGAACCCCGCGCGUGAGGAGCUUGUCACCCGCUUUAGCCAACAGGUCGACAAGAUUUCGAAUGCUCAGCAGCAGGCACGAAUGAAGAAGUGGCUGGAGGAAUCGUACGACUUUGUAGGCGAGAUUCUUCACACUAUUCUUUCAGUUCCUGAGGACGCUCGCUUCCCCUGUGUCUUUCUUGAUCCCACCCUACGUUUCGAACCUAGUUCGUUGUCCGAAGACACCUCCACAACCUUCACUCGCGAUGAGCUUCUUGAGAUCGGCCGAUCCUGUGAUGCGCGUAUCCUUCGCCGUAUGGGUCGUGUCUUGACGCGUCUGACAUACGUUGACACGGCGGAUGCCCUCCCCACGCAUAUCCUUGCCGCCCCGGACAAGGACGUUCCCCGCGUCCCAAUGGCUUUGGCUUCACCCAAGUACGGCCGCAAAUUCUGGCGUAUCCUGCUGCACACCAUACUCCCUGGAACCAUGCUUGGUUCUCGGCCAGCCGCCCUUCUUGCCGCGCUCAGCCUUCGCAUGGGUAUCAAGCCAUUGGAGCAGGCUGCAUUGGAGGAGCUCGUGCAUUGGCGUGAUAAGUGGAAUACCCUUGACUUUCCGGAGACGUGGAGCCUUGGGUGUCUGCAGCUACUACUUGAGGCUGACAAGAAGGCUCAGGCGGCUGGCAUGCCGGACGGUGUGCUAAAGGAUGUCGAUCGCCGGAUGUUCGAGACUCUGGUCGACUAUAAGCUGCUUGAGUUUAACCUCGAUACGAAGCUGACGGCUCGUCUUGGCUGGACACCGAACAAGACCAAGUCUGUCCUUGGCCCCAUUGUCAUGUGCAGGUGGUGCGGCUAUUCAAGGUCGGUGACCAUCAUGGCUGGAGAUGGGGUCUGCGGACGCUGCCUAAAGCUGAAUAAGCAAUUACCCGUCGGUAAGACUGCAGACGAAUAUCUUGCUAUCGGCGUGUCCAAGUCAUAUGGUCCCGAGACGCAGGCUAGUUGGGUCGAGUGCUCCAUGGCAGAGUGCCGUGCGCAGUAUGUGGUGUACGACAUCGAGGGACUCCGGGCACGGCCCAAAUGCCACUACUGCCGCAAUAAGGGAAUUGUGUCGCAGGAUGAUCCAGCUUACCCCCGGUUAACCACCGCGCCGUGCGUGACCUGCUCCCGGUGCUUGAACCGCGUCAUCUGGCCUAAAGAGUACCGCCCUGCUGAUUUUGACGCCGCAGCCUAUGUCUGCCCCGCAUGCGUUACUGCGCCAGACAAGACCAUCAUCGACGAGGAGAUUACGCCGCGGAAGUUGAUGGCCGAAAACGGCUUAUCCUUUCUGCUGCGUAACGACGAUGCCGUGCCCGGGGAUGUCAUCUUCAAUGGGCGUUCCAUCUUCGCUCUCUUGUCCCCCCUCUCGCCUGAACAGCGUGCUGCCCUACCUGAGAAGCUCGUUGUUCUCCCGGCUUUGCAGGCAGAGUCCGAUCUGACCCUUACAAUCAACGGCAAGCCCCUCCACAACACUCUCCCCCUUCUCCGCGAUCUCAACAACUGGAUCUCGUCUCGCAGCGUGCAAACCCACACCUGCACCCUGUGCUUCGAUUCUUUUGCACCAUCUCUGCUCCGUCUGGCUUGUGGCGGUCGCCGCGGCUGCCGACAACCCAUCUGCGCAGGUUGUGUGGAUGGCUGGUACGGCGUCAAUGCACCUGGCCGGGUGAUCAACACGUCAGCGCUGUGCUGUCCCUUCUGCCGGAGGAUGCCGAGAGGCAAUGGUGUGUUACCGGCACGGGUGAGAUUUCUUGCCGGGCUGGGCGAUGCGGUGCGUGAGAAGGGUGAAUGGGUAUAUGGCUGGUGUCGCGGGUGUGGCACGGCAAAGAGGUUUGCGGAGCGGCGCUGCGCUGCAGGGGUUACGGAUGUGCCGGAGGGCUGGUUAUGCAAGGAAUGUGAGGAGCAGAGGGCUAGUGAGGGGCUUGUUCGGGGCAAAGAGAAGGAAUUUGUUGUGAAGAUGUGCCCGCGGUGUGGAGUCGCUACGGAGAAGGUGAUCGGGUGUGAUCAUAUCACUUGUCCUUGCGGCGCCCAUUGGUGCUUCUACUGCGGGCAGGAGAAGAGUGCGGAGGAGAUUUAUCGGCAUAUGGCGCAGGAACAUGGCGGUUGGUAUAACGGGGCUCCGUGGAUGGAAGAGGAUGUGGAGGAAGAAGAGAUAUUUGCUGCAUGA